CGCGGCGGCGCUGCCGGGCGGUGCGGAGCCUGCGCACUGCGCUGUGGCGGCCCCCUCCUGCCCGGCCGGCGGAGCCGCGAGUCCCGGCGCUGAAGAUGGCGGAGGGCGGCGGCGGUGGUGGUGGAGCGGCGGCGGCGCCCCCCCCCUCCUGCUCUUCCUCCUCCUCCUCCUCCUCCUUGAAGGGGCUGCGGGAGCAGAUGGUUGCUGCAGCCCAAGCCAUAGCAGAAGAAAGAAGAAGCCAAAGUGGUGUUAGCCCUAUUGCAGUCCAGACCUCAAUAAACAUAAAGACAGCAACUAAACCAGUGAUAGAUGGUUCUACUCUAAGAACAGAAGAAAGGCAAAGACUAGCCAGGGAGCGUAGAGAAGAGCGGGAAAAGCAACAUGCUGCCAAAGAAACACAAAUCCUUGAAAAGGAGAGAAAAGCAAAACUUCAGUAUGAAAAACAGUUAGAAGAAAGGCAGAGAAAGCUAAAAGAACAAAAGCAGAAAGAGGAACAACGGAGGGCAGCAGUAGAGGAAAAAAGAAAACAGAAAAUAGAAGAGGAAAAGGAGCGAUAUGAAGCAGCUAUGCAUCGUACCUUGGAACGGAGUCAGCGACUGGAAACACGACAAAAGAGAUGGUCCUGGGGAGGGUCUGUAACGCCAGAUUCAGAGAGCAAAACAGAGCAACAGACCACAGAUGAAGUUGGAACUGGUGCCAGCAAGCGGUCCACCUCCACUGCAAACCUCAAGCAAACAGAAGCUGUCAUGAAUAAACGUUUAUCAUCAUCUGCAGCACUUUUAAAUGCUUCUGAUCGAAGUACCACAAAGCGAAGUGCCUCAUUAAACAGGCUGAAUAACAAAGUUCCUGUACAUUCUCAGCAGUCAGCACUCAAAGGUUCACAGGUGGAACAGAAAGGAGGAACAGAAAAGAAGAGGAGCACAUCUUUGAAUAGAAUGAGUAGUAAACCUCAUUCCUCUCCUGAACUAGAAAAAGUGAAAAAGGAAGAAAAAACAGCUCGCCGCUCCCAGGUCAGUCCUCUGGACAGUAGCGUUAUCAGUCGCCUCCUCGCCCCUACACAGGCAUCCUUAGCUAGGAGUAAAAGUGCUGCUACAUUAUCGGCUGAUGGACAAGAUCCCUCAGAAUCUCACCUCUGUCCUCGUUCAGCUUCAGCCAGUUCCAUCAGUUCCCCAGUCCCAACUCCUAAAGUGCCCGUGCGCAGUCGUAGCAUCGACAGAUUGAAGCCCUCUGUACCUUCAUCUGAUGCAAGUUCACCAGAUUCAACCCAGAAAUCAGAGGUGGAAAAACCAUCCCCAGGUUCUGGGUUAAGACGCCCUCCCUCACCAUCCGUGUCUGCCCGUAGAAGAUCCCCUUCUCCUGCUAAUUUGGUGAAGCGUCCUCCAUCACCUUCUACAGUUAGCAGACAAAAGACUCGCCCACCUUCACCUAGUAUAUCAAAACAAAGGCCACCAUCUCCUACUCUGAUCUCUAAACCAGCACCCAUCCAACGUCCACCUCUCAUACCAGGUGUUAUAAACAUUACCAAAAAGAAAAGUGAAGCAGAGAGCAAACCAAAGGAAAAGAGCACAGAAGGAAUGGGACAAGAGCAAGGUGCUUCACCAGCCUUGGACAGGGAUGCAGUAGCAGCUAGCACGAAGACCAAAGAAGAAUCAGGUAGCAAAGCAGUAGCAGGGACCACCACAGCUGAAGAAGCUGCUAAAAUCUUGGCAGAGAAACGACGUCUGGCACGAGAGCAAAGAGAGCGGGAAGACCAAGAAAGAAUUCAGAGAGAGGAAGAGGAAAGAAUCAGAGAACAAGAAAUGGCCAAGAGAGCAGUUGAAGAAAAAGCACGACGGGAAGAGGAGCUCCGCAAACAGGAGGAAGAAAAGAGAGUGGCUUAUGAAGAACAGCAAAGACAAGCUGAAGAGGAAAGAAUCCGUCGAGAACAAGAAGAGCAGGAAAAACUUGCAGAGCUUCAACAGCAGAGAGAAGAAGCUGAAGCAAAAGCUCAAGAAGAGGCUGAAAGACAGCGGCUGGAAAGGGAGAGAAUUAUGCAGCAAAAUAUGCAGGAAAGGCUUGAAAGAAAAAAGAGAAUUGAAGAAAUAAUGAAAAGAACACGAAAAUCGGAUCAAAACGAAUCCAAGUUGCAGAAUGAAGGGAAGUCUGCGUCUGAGGUUAUCGAGGGAGAAGACAUUGAAGAGGAGGAAGAGUUGGGACUUGAGAAGACCAAUCAAUCAGGAAAACUAAAUGGCAUUGACUUACCCCAGGAAGUCAAGGGGGAGACAGAGGGCUGUUUACAGACUGCACAUAGCUUGAUCUCUACAGAAUUUGAGCAACAAGACGUGUCAGAGUUGAAGGCCAAUGAAGUAUUUAUGAAUGGGAGCGAUUUGAAAAACGAUGACGGAUCUCUACUCUUUACUGAAUUAAAGGAUUCCAGCCAUCCUGCAAAAGAAAUGGUUAUUGAUGACUCAGUGAAGUUGGGUGUUAAUGAAGCUGAUCAUACAAGUGGACUUAUUCAGAAUCUUAAUGGAAAAUCUGAUUCAUGGACUUUUGAGGAGUUUAUUGACGUUGGAGUACAUUCCAGGUCAACAAAACUGAGUUCAGACAGUCUCUCUGCUGAUAACUGUAAUCAAAACUUGAAUGAUGCUGCUACAAUACCUUCUAGUCCCAAAUUGGCUUAUGAGGAAGAUGGUGCAGUGAAUUCUUUGACCAAACCUAUAGAUUCUUCAUCAGAACUGUGAACACUAGAGACCUGGAAAUAAUCUGAUUGCACUGCAGUAAUCCAGUGUUUUAUCAAGUACCGAAGGCCUUGUUUUGAAAAGCUGCUUGUUUACCUUUAUCCAUCUUCAAGUUUGAAAAAAAAAAAAACAAAAACACAUCAGGGGAGGGAUGACAAACUUCUAGAUUUGCACCUUGAAACAUUUCAGGGAGACUAUUGUGCUGAUGUUCCUUUUCCAUUUGUUUAGUUAAUUGUUGGAUAGGAUUUCCUUGUCUAAAUAUUACUUACUUCCCUCUGACAGACUUUACGCUAACUUAAGUCUUUUUUUGUUUUCAUACCAGUAAUGUACAGCAAUGUGCCACUGCAGACUUUCCAGUUUGCUACUGGUCAGAUUUUAGAUAUUCCUAAAAUGGCACUUGAUGAAAUAAGACUUUUUUAGUGCGUGUUAAAGCUCAAGUUCAUUUGUAAUGUCCUAGAAAAAAGCUGUACACUUUCAUUCACGUGCGAUUUUUUAAAUGCAAAAUUGAGUAUCUUCAGCUUUGAAUUGAGAAGGAAAAAUUUGUAUUUUCCAACAUCAAGUUUCAAAAUAUUUCAAAAAUGUUGAAAUUUCAAAAGUUUCAAAAUGCAACGUUGUGUCAUCACAUGUUUUAAUCUAUUGGAAAACAGCAAAACAUUUUACAGGAUAUGCACUAAUAUUACAAAAAAUGUUGAAUACCUAGAUUUGUUUGUCAUAGUGCAGUUCAACAUGUCAUGCUUUUAAAAAUGUUUUCCUUCUGAUUUAUUUAUCUACACUCAUGUAAGUAUUAUUUUAUUGUGUACAUAACAGUAUUAGACCAUUGAAGUCGUGUUUUGUUCAUGUUACUGUUAAUUAUUCUAAGUGUUCCUGUUCUAGCUUUAUAACAGACUGCAAGCUGCAUAUAUAUAUAUAUUUCCCUUCCCCGAAGCCUGUAUUAAGUAAUCUGUUUAACCUAAACUUGCCUGCUUUUUACAGCAUGAAGAGAUUAACUAAGCAUCUUCUGAAAACUGCUACUAAAAGUAAUACUGCAGUCUUGUUCUUAAGUCUCCUGUAAUAGAUAUACUAAAUAAGUGAUUAAUUUAAAGAAUAGCUGUCUCAAAUCUUGCUAUAAACCAUUGACUGAUAGUUAAAUUAAAAUGAAUCAUCCAAAUGGCAGCUGAAUUUAAAGUGGUUAAAUGCAAAUGUAUUUGCUGGAACUGCAUUCUUUUCUUGACAUCUGCAAUUGCAAUAGGAAACCCUCAGCCUUCUUGCUCUCACUGUUUGCUUUUCAGAAUAUGUUAGAACUGUUUUAGACUUUAGAGCAGUGCCUUAGGUAAAAAGAAAAAUGUAUUUUUGUAUGAUAGUUAUUUCAGGCAGAGACAAUCACUCUAACAAAGAUGCUGAUAUUUUUUUCUGUGCUGAUAUUAUUUGUCGAAUGGUCUGUUACAGCUCUAUGUAAAUAUGUGCGCACUGUUAAAUAAACUUUGCAGUUGAACAAUG